UUUCAGUAGUACGUUCAGCAUAAUGCUACUAAAAUUAAUUUUAUUUAGUGUUUUACCUUUUGUUUUAGCAGAAAAAGUAAGGUAUGAUAAUUAUGCCUUGUACAAACUAUACCCAAGUACAGAGGACCAUGUAGACUUUUUGAGAGAUCUGUACCAAAAAUCUGAUGGAUUGGAUUUUUGGAUACCGCCAGUACGAAAGGACGAAUAUGUUAGUGUCGUCGCUUCGGCUGAAAAACGUAUGGAAUUCGAGCACUCCCUGAAGAAGAGAAGUGUAAAUUAUGAAGUUAUGCUACAGGACAUACAACAGGCGCUAGAUGAACAAAUCACAUGGAGAAAAAAACGAGAUGUAAGAAGCGAAAUGUACUGGACAAAUUACCAAACAUUGGAAGAUAUUUAUAACUGGUUUUACUAUUUAGCUGAAACACAUAGCAAUAUAGUGUCAAUAAUUCAUGCGGGAACUUCAUAUGAAGGUAGGAACAUCACGGGUGUCAAAAUAUCUAGGAGAUCCGGUAGAAAGAUAUUUAUGAUAGAAGGAGGGCAGAUUGGCGCGGAUUGGCUCUCUCCAACCGUCGCUACAUACCUGGUUGACCAGCUUGUUAAGGGUGAAGACCCCGAAGCGUUGGCAGCUUCGCAGGACUUCGAAUGGCAUAUUUUCCCAAUGGUGAACCCUGAUGGCCACGAAUACACCAAUGAUGCUGUCCGGCUUUGGGCGAAGAAUCGACGACCCACCGGCUCCGCAGUUGGUGUUGAUCUUACAAAGAACUGGAACUCGCAGUGGGGAGUAAGUGGCGGCAGUUUCAGACCAGGAGACCAAACUUAUGUGGGUCUGGGACCAUUUUCCGAACCGGAGACUAGAGCGAUGUCUAGGUACAUUGAAGGGAUAUCUCAAAAUCUUAUAGCUUUGUUAUCGUUUCGAGGUUUUGGACAAAGAUUCGUAAUUCCAGCUUAUCCUGUGUCACAUCACGAAAUAAUGAUAAAAAUUGGAAGACGAGCGAUGGGAGCUCUAGCUGUUCGGUACAACACACAAUACAGAGUUGGCACAUCUAGAGAUGUAUUUGAUGGCGCCACUGGCGUAAUCGGCGAUUGGGUUAAAUUCCGCUUUAACCCACCAAUUGUAGCGACGUAUGCACUACGUGACACUGGUGCUUGGGGUUAUCUUCUACCAGUUGGACAGGUGCAGCCAACUUGUGAAGAGACCUUUGACUCUGUUAUGUCUGUUAUUCGAGAAGCGAAGUUAGCUAACGUUUUGUAGAAUAAAGAUAACAUAAUA